AGCGGUGUCAGGUGUGCAAGGGAACGAGUCGGUGGGAGCCGUGCCGAGCCGGCACAACAAAGUCAAUCAGCUCCAGCUCCUUGUGGCUUCAUUCAAGUUCGCACCUCCUGGUGGUAUCGGUGCUUCCUUCCAAUGCCAGUCGAUCCAUCAGGACCACAUCUGUAAUGAUGACAGUGACAAGAGUGAAGAUAGUCCAAGUCCUAAGAGACAACGCCUUUCUCAUUCAGUCUUUGACUAUACAGCAGCAUCCCCAGCCCCAUCACCGCCAAUGCGACCAUGGGAGAUGACAUCAAAUAGGCAGCCUCCUUCAGCUCGACCCAACCAACAUCACUUCUCAGGGGAACGAUGCAACACACCUGCACGGAACAGAAGGAGUCCUCCUGUUAGACGCCAGAGAGCAAGAAGGGAUCGUCUGUCUCGACAUAACUCUAUUAGUCAAGAUGAAAACUAUCACCAUCUUCCAUAUGGACAGCAACAAGCAAUAGAAGAGCCCCGCGCCUUCCAUCCCCCGAAUGUAUCCCCUCGUAUGUUGCACCCGGCUGCUCACCCACCGCAGCAAAAUGCAGUGAUGGUUGACAUUCAUGAACAGAUUCACCAGGGCACAGUCCCCGUCUCAUAUACAGUAACAACGGUGGCACCACAUGGGAUUCCACUUUGCACAGGCCAGCACAUACCAGCUUGCAGUACACAGCAGGUCCCAGGGUGUUCUGUGGUUUUCAGUGGACAGCACCUCCCCGUCUGUAGUGUACCGCCUCCAAUGCUUCAGGCAUGCUCAGUCCAACACUUACCUGUACCAUAUGCAGCAUUCCCGCCCCUUAUUUCUAGUGACCCGUUUCUUUUGCAUCCUCCUCACCUCUCCCCCCAUCAUCCUCCUCACCUGCCACCUCCAGGCCAGUUCGUUCCUUUCCAAACACAACAGUCACGGUCGCCACUUCAAAGGAUAGAGAACGAAGUAGAGCUGCUUGGAGAACAUCUUCCUGUAGGAGGUUUUACCUACCCUCCAUCAGCACAUCCGCCAACAUUGCCUCCCUCAGCCCCUCUCCAAUUCUUAACACAUGACCCUUUACACCAGGAGGUGUCAUUUGGAGUACCUUAUCCGCCAUUUAUGCCUCGAAGACUUACUGGGCGCAGCAGGUAUCGUUCCCAGCAGCCAAUACCACCACAUCCUUACCAUCCCAGCCUAUUACCAUAUGUGCUGUCAAUGCUUCCAGUGCCCCCUGCAGUUGGACCUGCCUUCAGCUUUGAGCUGGAUGUGGAAGAUGGGGAGGUAGAAAACUACGAGGCACUGCUGAAUUUGGCAGAACGUUUGGGAGAGGCCAAACCACGAGGACUAACAAAAGCAGACAUUGAACAGCUUCCAUCCUACAGGUUCAAUCCAAACAACCACCAGUCAGAACAGACUUUGCAAAUCGUACAUGCCCAAUUUGCAGAGCUGAUGCUUCAGAAGUGCAUCGUGAUUCAGAAUGACCAAUCUAAGAGCACAAUUCUAGUUUGGGUGUUCCUAGUCACAUGUAUAUACGAACUAUCCAUUGAACUUACCUGUGUGGCUUCCAGCCUUCCCUUUACACAAAAGGGUCAAUGGACCUUUCUUUGCACUGUGUGAUUUAAUCAAUUAUAAAGCUUAUAAUUAGUCUUCACAAUUAUGGGAUUGUUAUACUAACCGUGUGAUUGGAACUCCAAAGAUUUUUUUUUUUCUUUAGCUUAAUUUUGUGUGUGCACUAACAUUCCCUGGGUUUUGUGUGAUCAUUCCGAGUGUUGCUGCGAGAUUACAGUGGACGUGAUCUUUUAGCAUGUGCUUUUAUAAAAGUGGUAGCUCCAAACAAUAUAGCAAUCUACCUUAUAUAGAGCCUUCAGAUACUGUGAGUGGGAAUGAUCGGUGUGAAUGGGUGUGUGCGAGAGCCUGUGUGAAGGUGUGCUAGCGAGGAGGUGCGCGUGUGUGAGAGAACUUAUAUACCAGCAUGUACUGAGAACGUAUGUGUGUAGUAUUAAUUAUGCUGCAAUGUAUAAUCUUGUGUGUUAUUUAAACAGUACUAGUACUGUACACUGGUUUCUUUCCUUGUGUUUGCAGUUGCACACUGAAUGCUAAGGGUGCAGCAAUUAUAGGCAUUUAAUAUUUCCUCCCCCAAUGUACUUAAUGGUAUGAAAAGGCCUUUUUACUUUUUAUUCAGACAGCUGUUCUGCUUCCCCUUCAUUGGAGAUUUUAAGUGUACUACUAAAGAGUUUAUUGAUUUGCUCAAUACACGAUAGCCUUGUUUUUAGCAUAUGUUAUAAAAUCCAAAUUUUAAAAUUGCCAAUUUACUACUUAUUUUAUCAAUAAAGUUGCAAUAUCGCACAAAAUCAGUUAGCAAUACUAACAUUUUCAAUCGGUAAUUUGAAUGUUGAUGCGUUCCUGUUCUCCUUUUUAAUUGUUCUAGCCAGUUUUAGUUACGUGCGACUGAUUUCAGAUUAGUUUUUGAGUUUUGAGGAUGCUGAAGUACCAUAUUACUCGUCCUAAAUGGAAGUUGAAAGGACCUUGCGAUGCGAGUCUUGUGCAACAGCUCUUCACGUUGCUGACCAUUGUACUACUUGAGUACGGAAUCAUUUAGCUUAUAAACAUCGGCUUUAAAAUCACUUGCAUUCUUUGUCAUUCACAAGGGAGUUUGUAUACAAUUAAAAAACUUGUAAGAGGUUACAAUUUUAUUCCUGCAACUUUGUGAACAAAAUAAAAUUUUUAGCAUUUUCUCAGAGAAGGAGAACUUCUGACUUUUUUUGUUGCAUCACCAAAAGGUUUUUUCAUUUGUUGCCUGGUUCAAAUGAUGAAGGAUGCUGCUUCUGCCCUUCCCUCUGUCAUGAUGGGUUUUUGCAUAAAAAAAGAAACUCCCUUGAUUUUAAUAUUAGUCUCCAGAGUGCUCACUACCAGAGUGAAUGUUGGUACACAAUCAAAACAAAUUAUGUGAAACAGGCGUUAACUUCCAUUCAACUGCCCUAUGAAUAAUGCUAUGAGCCAUGCUGUUGAAAAAUUGGCUUCACUUAACACUUCAGAGUUAAAGGUCUCUAAAAUUUGUUUCAUUGAAAUAAUUAGGUUGACAUGUACCAUAGCUUUCAAGAUGUGUAACUUUUUUGCGUCAUGAUGCUUUCUCUUAAAUAUACUUCGGUUGCAAUAGCACAAGUGGCACAACUAGCAAUAUUGCUGUAACUUGCUGCUAGUCUCAGCUUUAAGUUUUUAUUCUGUCACGUCUGAUACUUUUUUUUAUGCUGCUAUGCUUUAGUAUCCAGCUGUAUUUUCAGACAGUGUUAUAUGUUCUCCAUGCUGCUUGCACUUCAUGAAGGCUCUACAGACCAAGCUCAGUGUGUAGUUCUGUUUAAAAACAAAAAAAAAAAAGUACAAGCACAAUUUUGUCCAUGUUUCCAGAUGCUGUUGCCUCUGUUUAGUUACAGAAGCUGAAUGCAAAACUUGGCAGUCUGUCCAAACCCAUCAGUACUUAAGAACACUAAAUCAAAAUGAUCGCAAAGCAUAAGGUUACAACUUUCCCCUGAUGUGUUACAGAAUGGAAUAGCCACAAUGACAUGACACCAAACUGGUUAAAUAAUAUAUAGUAAACUUUUUAUUUUUUUAAUAAAUGAAAUCACGUGUUUAAAAAAAAACAAAACUGUAAGCCACAUAUGUCUUAUAAUACUUAGGGUCUUUUAUAUAGCUGCAAAAAAAAUUUCUACCUGUACAGAUUUAACCAUAACAAACACUACUAUAGUCAGUAUUCACUUUGAACAAAGCAUGGAAAUAAGGCACUUUUUGUAAGCUAGAUAGAAAUACAUAAUUACCAAGGCACAUCUUACAAAUAUGGAGGUAAAGCCGUCCCCUUUGCUGAAUUGGAGCAGUCUUUGUGUGUGGUGUCCCUUUUUCCAGGUAAAGUUCUGAGAGGCAGUUGGAGAUUGAGGAGGCAGUAGGGUCUAAUUUGGUAAAAUACUGAAUUUAAUUGUUGCACUCUUGUGGCUGAUCUCUUCUGGAAUGUUUCUUUGUUUGCAUGGGACUCUUGCAGAUGUGUGCAGACUUGCUUCCUGUGGUUAGUGUGUAAGAACAGCGCACAUGCAUGUGUUCUGAAUCAGCUCGGUCUGGCUACAGCUGAUAUUUUUCCUGUUGUGGCCCUCAAAAGAGGAAGAGAAGGGGAUUCAUGCUCAGCUGUUAACUGCCAUGUUAUGCACAUUUUGUGUCUUAAUUCCACAGCCUGCAGUGGUGCCUGGCAGCACCAGAAUCCAGUAAGAUAUUUAUGUUGGUUGCCUUCUCCCCAUAUUCCCAACUCCCCCUAAAAACAAUAAACUCUUGGCUUUACCAUAUUGGCACUGCUGUGUUUAUUUUGCAUGAGCAGUCAUCUUAAUUUUUUUUUCUGUUUUAAAUGGAUGUCAAAGCCUACAUAUAUCUCCCAAGCUUUGUCUCAGUUUUUGGUUUUAUUUACAGAAUUUUUUUUGUGCAAAGUAAACUUUUUGUUGUAUACUGUUUUAUAUGGUCUCUUGAAUGUGAUUUCUCAGCUUUAACAUUUACAACUUGUAGUAUUUGGAGUGAGAUGCACCAAUCUAGGUUUUUGGGGUUAUUUCAUUUCAUUUUACUUACUAAAAAUAUUUUUGAGUUAUCUUUAGGCCUUAAUACAAGAGCUGGAUUUUUUGUUCUUUUUUUGUGUUCAGUUUUGGGGAGGGUUGUUUAGGGUUGUGGUUUUUUGUUUUGGUUUGGUUUGCUUUUUUGUUUUUUCCCUUUGGUAUAUUCAGUUACCUCAUUUUUCUAUUUUUGUUUCAGAUUUUGCAAUUGAUUAUGAAAGCUUAUGGGUUUUGUUGGAAUCAUAUUUUUGUCAAGUGUUUUCUUUAAAUCAUACUCCUGUAUCAUUUUAACAUGUAGUUUUAAGUGUAUUAUAAAUAUCUGUAACCAAAUCAUUUGAAGGCUUGAUAAAUUUUUAACAAAAUUUGUACAUUUUUUAUGAGAUUACUAGUAAUGCUUUACUAAGUAGUGCAAUGAGUUUUUAUUUUUAAUCCCUGUGCCCAAUUUUGGAGUUGAGAGAGUUGUUCAGUAAUAAAUGUAUGAUGU